CUCUUAAGUGUGAGGCCAUUAUUUAAGGCACUAUGCUUAGAAAGACUAUCAGAUUUGGUUCCAGAUGUGCAGUAUCGCGGUAUCAGUUGCCGAGGCUGAUUAUGUCACCACUGACGACAUCCCUCGACCAUUGAGAAUUCGAUGACCGCGGCGAUGAACUGCCGUCAUUCACGCCUCAGCGUGCAACUAUAUUCUUAGAGGCGCUGCUCACUGAGAACACAGCAUCAACGGCUUCAAACGACGAUUCCGCCAGCGCCAUGGCACCCUCCUUCACGACGCUGCCCACCGAGAUCCUCGAGACCAUAUUCCUGCAUCUCGACCCGCAGUCGCUUGUCUCGGUCUCGCAGACAAACAAAUUCGUCAAGAAGAUCACGAGCGAGCGGUCCAUCAUAUGGCGCCAUUUCUGCAAAACGCACUUCAAUUCAUGGGCGCCGCGCCACAACUUUACCGCCAAAUUCGCCGGUCCGCUCUCUGACGUCGACUGGCGCGCCCUCUUUCUUUACCGCAUCAACGUCAAGCGGGAGACGUUGCGGAAACUCGACCACAUCCUAGGCACUCAACAGGGUCGCAUACGGUACAUCAAUGAGAUUGCGGACUUUGGCUAUGAUGCAAAAGAGACAUUACUCAAGGAAUGCGCAUGUCCAGAUGACGCGGAAGACGUGCUGGCGAGGCGGUAUUAUGCCAAUGCUAUACUGGAACGGAUUCAGCGCGAGAUGGCCAUCAAUGUUUGGAAAGACUUGUACAGCGGCAAGGACAUCCCUAUUGAAAAAGCUCUGGGCGCAUACGACAUGUUCGCCAGGACAGGCGGAGAUGUAGAUUUCGAUGCCAUAACCGAGGAUCUAGACCGGAUUCAGCAGGCGGUGUUGGAGCACCAUCCCGACUUCAGAGAUAUGAGCACACGGACGAAGGCAUCCACGUUAGCUAGCUCGCUCCGUGAACAAGGCUUUGAAGGCGUUCCGGAUGCUGCCCGCAGCGCUCUACGAAACUCCUUCAUUGGAUUAGUGCUGCGCUCGCCGACCCAUGAUUCUCUCCCGCUGAUUUCCGUGGCCAUAUACUGUGCCCUCGCACAGCGUCUCGGUCUGGAUGCGCGUCCAUGCGGCUUCCUCUUCCACGUGUACUGCUUGGUUUAUGCACCUAAGGAUUACACGCUAGAUGGCGACUAUAAGCCCACGAGCUCCUCAGACCUAGACUUCAUGUACUUGGAUCCAUUCCGUUCCUCAGACGAGGUCCGUCAGGGCGACUUGCGACAAGUCCUGCGCGAAAUGGGCGUCCCGUCCUCUGAGCACGCAAGCUUCCUCUCCGACACAAACACACGUGAGAUGGUGCUCCGCACGGCACGCAACAUCAUGAACUCCGUGCAAACAAUCCGCCAGACAGAAGCUGGUGUCUACGGCAUUCACUCCACAUGGCUCGACGCCUACCCAGACAUGGACAACUCAUUCUACGCCACCAUCUGGGCAAUGAUGAUGCUCGGCCCGCGGGAGGAUGAAGCUGGCGGCCUAUCUAACAUCACCUCCCGUCGACGCCAAUACCUGCCCUACCUGCUUGAGCACUUUCAAACGCACUAUCCCUGGGAUGUCACUCUCCUAGAACAAUACGUGAUCCCGCUGUUCUACAACCAGCCCGAGGGUCAGAGGCUGAUGUCAUUCGUGCACUCAAUGCACACCUUGGACGGCAUGCGCAACCCACAAAAACCCCGCCACUCUGGCAGAGAAGACGUGCCGUUCAAGGUUGGGCAGCUAUUCGAGCACAAGCGGUAUCACUACGAGGGUGUCAUUACGGGCUGGGAUGCGUCGUGCGAGGCGGGCGAAGACUGGAUUCUCAACAUGGGUGUUGACCGCUUGGCGCAUGGGCGGAACCAGUCGUUUUACCAUGUACUCGUCUGCGACAAAUCCGUCCGCUACGUAGCCGAAGAAAACAUCCUCCCUGUUGACCCCUCCGUCAAGCCCUCAGAAGCCAUGCUCAAGCUCGCCGGCCGCCACUUCAAGCGCUGGGACGACGAGAACCACGUCUUUGUGAGUAAUGUCCGGGAUGAGUAUCCUGACGAUUAGCUCACGCCUCCCGCGUCGCUGCAGACUGGAUAUGUAGGUGGAGCGAGUUUUACAGAUGACUUCAUCUUGUAGGAUGAAUGGAGCCUGUGUGGGGAGGGAUGUCAGGGUGAACGGGUCAGGCGUGAGUCUAGGCAAAAGGCGUUCGAUACCCACAUUCGCUUCCAGAAUCUAUAUUGCUAUUAAAAAUCAAACUCUUUUCCG